AUGGAACGUCUAGUGGUACUCUUACUAAUAUUGGGGUUCGUCACCGCCUCUCCAGUUUCAAAACAAAAGAUUUCAGCUAAUAACAACAAUUAUGAUCUUCAAACAGAAGACAGUGAGUCAGAAAUAAAAUACGACACAAACUUUAACAAAGGCGAAACGGAACAAAAGAAACAAGAACUCACUACAAACAUUGGGCCUUCAAUCAACGGUGAAAUGGAACAAAACUUGGAGGUAAUUAUUGAAGAAACUGUUGAUGUACCACGAGAACUGUUGUCACCGAUAUCAGAAGCUGAAGAUACAGUUUUAGAUGAUAACACUGUAAGCGUACCAGAUGACGUAUAUCCCAAUGAAAUUAUAGAGAGGCACCCCGAAGAAAUUAUGGAAACAGCGGCUGGUUUCAUACCAGUGCCUAUCAUUAAGAGGAGACAAAAACCAAAAAGACGAAUUGCAUCACGGCGACACUUCAAAAGAAAUCCAUAUAGACGCGUAUUUUAUUAUUAUCCAUAUUACCCUUACUAUUAUCAAAGCUCUCUUUAUUAUUAA